AUGUCUCAGCUACCCACUAUAACUGUCUGGCCCCACCAAGGGUGCGCUAAGCGACGGGGCACUCGCACGACACAUCCGGGAACAAACGGAAUGGAAGUAAUAGCGGACGAUCAAGCACCUCGAGGUGCCCGCAUUUUCCUUAACUUUGUAGAAAAACAUCAACACUCACUCCAUUUCCUUGAUCGCGAUCGUGCCUACCUGAUCGCUGAAGUGGACCCCACUCUAGCCAAUCAAGUAUGGUGGCCAGAACGUGACGCAGAUAUCGCGGACAUGUUCCUUUUUAUGCUCAAAUCGCAUUGGAUAACCGAUAAAUACUAUGAGGAGUAUCCGGACUCGGACUUUACGGAAUUAUGGGAGGUACGGGAAAACCGAGGAGUCAACUCUCAGGGAGGGCUCCGUAAAUACGCAGACAAGCAUGGGAUGGAUUAUAACAGGCUUCGAGAUAUAGUUCAAGUCACGCAGAAAGCGCGUGCAAUAGAGGCGGAAAUGGGAACUCCGGGCCUAUCGAAGAGCAUGUAUUUUGCCUUCAAACGACUGAGGGCUGUGAGAUUCGAGGAAAUUGGGCCAUUCUGUGUCCUAUUUCGGACUAGUGAAUCAUUCGAAAUACUCAAGCUUUACGCACCUACGGCCCUCGCGCUAUGGGACGGUUACGCAGCUAUAAUGGAUCGGCACGGACGAAACCGGUGAACUGUCGGAUAACAUUGCAACCUAUGGACGUUCUAGACUGCUCUCAAGCUUUCUAAUAAGGGGUGUUGCAUGGAAUGGCACUACUUUGACAGGGAUGUCAUCUCUCUGAAUCAUGAGGUGCUGCCGUUCACAGGAAAAGGUCUGUAGGACAAAUAGACCACUACUACUUUCAUUGGGCCAACUCAAGCACAUAUCCGAGAGCAUAAAGAGUACCAUGCCUUCGCGUAGCUCCUGCUGCUUUGAUUUCGUCUACGCCAUUUGCAUUCAGGAGAGAACGUAUAUAGUGUA